UCUUUCUUUCUUUCUUUCUUUCUUACUCUCUCACAAUUUUUUUUUUCUUUUUUUUAAUUGUUGUAUGGCUUUGAUUGUGGAUCAACAAUCAAACUUCAAACACUUUUGUAAAAUUUGCAAGAAAGGUUUUGGUUGUGGAAGAGCACUAGGAGGGCACAUGAGGGCACAUGGAAUAGGCGACGAGAGUGUCCACAUUGAUGAUGAAGACCCAGCUAGUGAUUGGGAAGACAAGCUUGGUGGCAAUGUUCCUGCUAGCAACAAGCGCAUGUAUGCAUUGAGAACCAACCCGAAUCGGCUAAAGAGUUGUAGAGUUUGUGAAAAUUGUGGUAAGGAGUUCUUGUCAUGGAAGUCUUUUCUUGAACAUGGUAAAUGUACCUCUGAAGAUGCUGAGUCCUUAGUUUCAUCCCCGGGCUCUGAUGGUGAUGAUGGCAAUGGAAAAAGAGGGUGUGGUUGGUCUAAAAGAAAAAGAUCAAUGAGAGCUAAAGUGGGCAAUUUCAAUAACUCCAAUUGCCCUUCUAGCGAGGAAGAAGACCUUGCAAAUUGCUUAAUGAUGUUAUCAAACGCAAAUGUUGAUAACAUGGUUGUUGAGGCUGAGGAGUCUUGUGCAUCAGCUAGUAAAGAAGAAGAACGAAGAAACACCCCCAUGAAUUUCAUUCCUCCAAUUUCAUAUAAGGUUCCUCUAGAUGACAACGAUGACAUCCUCGACAUCAACAUCAUCAACGAAAACAACAACAACAACAACAACAAGAACAAAGGUGUGGCUAAAGGUUUGUUUGAGUGCAAAGCAUGCAAGAAAGUUUUCAAUUCCCACCAAGCAUUAGGUGGUCAUAGAGCUAGUCACAAAAAAGUUAAAGGUUGUUACGCUGCACGUCUCGACCACAUUGAAGAUAGUCUAGCCGAUGAUGAUGUGAUCUCACACGAAGAAUUUUUCCCAACAAAAUCGAACUCAACCUUUCAACAACUCGAUCAUCAAGGUUCUAGCACACCAUUGGCAUCGACAUCCAAGAGAAAAUCAAAGGUGCAUGAAUGUUCAAUAUGUCACCGUGUUUUCUCAUCUGGGCAAGCACUAGGUGGACAUAAGAGGUGCCAUUGGAUCACAUCCAAUGGACCUGACUCUUCUGCACUAUCUAAGUUUCAUCAAUUUCCAGACCAGUUGGAGCCAAUUAUUCAAAAGCCCAAGUUCGAUAAUUCAUCAGAGUUGCUCGAUCUCAAGCUCGACCUUAACCUUCCUGCACCAGUUGAUGAUGUUACUGGAGUUCGACAUGACCAAAUCAUUAACCCUACUAGCUUUGGAGUUUCUACAGAUAUUUUUUUACAGUCUUGGAUAGCUGCAAAGGAAAAUGAAGAUAAUAAUCACCACCACCACCAUCACCACCACCUCCCAAAUGUCGACAUUGACAACAACGAUAACAAUAGCAUCAUCAUCAUCAACAACAGCAGCAACAACAACAACAACAACAACAUCAAUAACAACAACAAUAAUAACAACAAUAGUAGUUGUUCAAUGCAAAAUGUGGAGGAUGAAGCAGACAGUAAGGUGAAAUUAGCUAAGCUAAGUGAGUUAAAGGACAUGAACAUGAGUGGAGGUUCCUCACCAUGGUUGCAAGUGGGGAUUGGUUCAACUACUGAUGAUGUGGCUGCUAACCCAUAAAAUUUUUUGAAAGCAAAGUGACCAUCAUCUUCUCAGUAAUUAUUUCAUUUCCCAUUCCUUUUCUUUUUUUGGUUAGUUUUUGUAUUUAAGAUUUAAGAAACUGUAAGUAUAUAAACUCAA